AUGUCCAGCGCUAUCCAACCCAUCCUUCCGCAAGGUGCCGGAUAUGGAGUCGUCAUCGGAAUUGGAUUCUUCUUUGCCUUCGUUAUGGCAGGUGUCUCAUACCUUCAGAACCGGUACACCAAAUAUUCCACCAAGAUGAGCGAAGAAUUCAACACAGCCAGUCGAAGUGUCAAACCUGGACUCAUUGCCAGUGGAGUCGUUUCCGCUUGGACCUGGGCGGCCACAUUACUUCAGUCCAGUACUGUCACCUACGAAUAUGGAGUCUCUGGCCCUUUCUGGUAUGCAGCAGGGGCAACAGUGCAAAUCUUCAUGUUUUCGGUCCUCGCAUGCAAGUUGAAACAAAACGCGCCACGUUGUCACACAUUCCUGGAGAUUAUAUACUAUCGAUACGGAAAGCUUACCCAUAUAAUCUUCAUCUGUUUUGCAUUGAUGACCAACAUCCUUGUGGCAUCACAACUACUGCUGGGAGGAAGUGCAGUUGUCACUUCAUUGACAGGAAUGAAUGUCUAUGCAGCUGUCUUUCUCAUUCCUCUUGGACGUGAGUCCGCCCCCUUCAGCAGACUCGAGAUCAAGCUGACGAGGAUUGGAAACGUACGACCCGUUGCAGGAAACCAGAAUGGAUCAUAUCUCACCCUGAAAUCAAACUAUGGCUUGAUAUUCGGGGUUAUACAGCUCUGCUCCGGCAUGGGUACAGUUUUUCUCGAUCAAGGCUACUGGCAAAGAGCUAUCGCCAGCCGUCCAACUACCGCGGUCCGAGGCUACAUCAUGGGUGGUUUCGCUUGGUAUGCAAUUCCGUUUGGGUUUGCCACGACUCUUGGUCUUGCUGCAGUGGCUCUCACGGACAACCCAGCCUAUCCUACCUAUCCACACAAGAUGACUUCAUCUCAGAUAUCGUCUGGACUGUCCGCUCCCUUCGGCGCUGCAGCUUUACUCGGGAAGCACGGUGCUGUUGGUCUGCUUAUCACACUGUUCAUGGCCGUAACAUCCUCAUCAUCCUCGGAAUUGAUUGCCACAUCAUCAAUUCUGACGUUUGAUGUCUACAAGGUGUAUAUCAAGCCGAAUGCCACCCCCAAAGAUCUCAUCUUCGUGUCGCAUGUGAUGAUCUGCUUCUUUGGCCUGGUCAUGGCAGCAUUUGCCUGUAUCUGGAACGCUAUUGGCAUCGACCUUGGAUGGCUUUUCCUUGUCAUGGGACUGCUCAUUGGCGGUGCAGUCUUCCCUGCUGCAUUUGCCGUGACAUGGAAAGGCCAAACUCGCGCUGGAGCCAUCGCCGGCGCUCUUUGCGGUCUUGCAGCUGGACUGACCGCGUGGCUGGUUGAAGCAAAAGUCCAUUAUGGUGAGCUCAGCGUUGCUAGUACUGGAGGCUCAUAUCCGACCCUUGCAGGCAACAUGGCAGGAGUCCUCACCGGCCUCAUUGUUACAUGUGUAGUAUCCUGGGUCAAACCGGAUGAUUUUGACUGGGCAAUCACACGUGAUAUCAAUGCCAAAACAUCUCUGUAUGGCAAUGUUGUACCGGCGCAAAACGUCCAAGACAUGAUGACUGAUGAUGCUGCAACUGGAAUCCCUGAAACGAAAACAAGUGAAGCACCAAAGGACGAGCCGUCAAAUCCAAAUCACAACGCCGAACUUCCGACUGUCGUUGACGAAGAGAAAGAAGAAGCCGAAGAUGCUGCAUUCCUUGACAACCCGAAAUCACUCCAACGCACCUACUAUAUGGCUCUGAUUCUCGCUACAGUUCUUUCAGUCAGCAUGGACUUCAUCAUUCCGAUUCCGAUGUUCUUGAGUCAUUACAUCUACACUAAAGGGUUCUUUACAUUCUAUGUCGCUGUCAGCUUCAUCUGGGUGUUUUGUGCCCUUGGAAUCUGUGGAGUUCUACCCAUAUGGGAGACUCGAACAUUCUGGCGUGAGUUCUUCGUUGAGAUAUCCAGUCGAAGGAAGACGGUUGAUGGCGUGGUCGCUGGCGAAUCAAAGCAUUCUCAAUCUUCAGAGAAUGCCAUAGGAGGUCAAGGACCAAUGGAACAAAAGGAGAUAAUGUCGGACGUCAAAGGACUAAGUCCGGAGGACUCUGCAUGA